UUCACUGCCGGUUCAGGUUUCACUCGUCUCUCGCAGUUGUUGCCGUUGUUUAACCUGGGCAUGGCCACUAUAACAACCCCAGCGCUACCCGUUUGCCGUGCUGCCUGUGCAGAGAGACCAUGGAGUACCGGCGACCGCUGCGUCUGCUCUGCAUCAUGUUCUUUGCUGCCUGCGCCUUGUUCGCGCAAUGCGGUGGAGCAAGGCAGCUGAGAUCAGAGGAGCUGCUGCUGCUUGAUCACUACUCCUUUUCUGACCCCUACUACAGCACGCCCAUCAUGCCUCCCUACGGCGACGCAUUUGCACCGCCGAACCCUCCCCCUCCUCCUGCUUCUCCAAACUGCGUCCUCACUCCGGAGGCACCAUCGCCGCCGGCGUCCACCGUUCCGGCACCGGCGUUCAGCUACUCCUCUCCGCCACCCCCGGCAGCACCGGUGUACUACUACCCUCCGCCGUAUCUCAGCCCACCAGAAAUCAGCCCAAGCCCACCACCGACGGGUACGCCGCUUCCGCCUAUCAUUUACCCAAGCCCACCGGAAGUCACGCCCAGCCCACCGGAGAUCUCACCGUAUCCGAGCCCGAGCCCUCCGGAAAUCAGCCCAAGCCCACCACCGACGAAUACGCCGCUUCCGCCUAUCAUUUACCCAAGCCCACCAGAAGUCACGCCCAGCCCACCAGAGAUCGUGCCGUAUCCCAGCCCGCCGGAGAUCUCACCCUAUCCAAGCCCAAGCCCGCCGGAAAUUGCACCGUACCCCAGCCCGCCAGAAGUACCACCCAGCCCACCAGAAAUCUCACCGAGCCCACCUGAAAUUGUGCCGAGCCCACCGGAGUACGCGCCGGAGCCACCAGCCUACGUCCCGAGCCCACCGGAGUACGCGCCCGAGCCACCAGCCUACGUCCCGAGCCCACCGGAGUACGCGCCCGAGCCACCGGCCUACGUCCCGAGCCCACCGGAGUACGCGCCGGAGCCACCAGCAUACGUGCCGAGCCCGCCAGAGUACGCACCGGAGCCGCCGGCGUACGUGCCGAGCCCACCGAUCUACGCGCCGUAUCCACCAGGGAUCGUCCCGGGCCCGCCGGAGUACGUGCCGGAGCCGCCGGGGGUCGUACCGUCCCCGGGAGGCUUCCUGCCGCCGGUGGUGUUCCCGCCUCCGUUCGCGUCGCCGUCGCAGGGGAAAAUGGGCGGGACGUGGUGCGUGGCGAAGCCGUCAGUGCCGGGGCCGGUCAUGCAGCAGGCCAUGGACUACGCGUGCGGCUCCGGCGCGGACUGCGACUCCAUCCAACCGUCGGGCCCGUGCUUCCGGCCGGACACCAUGCUGGCGCACGCCUCCUACGCCUUCAACAACUACUGGCAGCGCACCAAGGCCAACGGCGCCACCUGCGACUUCGGUGGCGCUGCCAUGCUCAUGACCAAGGAUCCGAGCUACGAUGGCUGCCAUUACAGUUUGAUGUGAUCCAACCAACAGGGAUAUUUUGUGUAGUUGCGCUAUGCUUUGUUUCAGUGACAUUUCCCUUAGCUCUGAACUGUGAAGGGCUCUGGAAGCUCGACUGCAUUUUCUGACAUCCAGAGGGACUAGAGAUAUAUGAUGCUCUGAUGUGACUAGGGAACUUGCAGUUGAUUACUGAUUUUGUGCAGGGUAACAUACUCGACUCAUCCUAUUUAGAAAGAGUCCUCUAAUUUCAUUGUGGCAAACCCAAUAAAUAAAGUAUCAGGUGAAGGCACAACUAACUGU